GUCCUGUCUCAAGCAAGCGACUCACGCCUCAAUUGAGACAAAAUUUGACCUUCACAUUAACCAGACAUACUCGACUGCUAUGGCCUCUUCAAAGGGCCUUCCGCGCGACACGUUCGCAAAGCUCUCCCCCCACCCUUUCCUUCUCGCAAACCUUCAGCCCCCUGCGCCCGCCAACGCCGCGAGAAGCAACGGCCGCGCGCCCAACGAAGCCCGCAUUCCCAACAUCAACACCUCUAGCUUGACUCAUGCCAACGGCAGCGCCGUAGUCCGAACCGGUGACACCACCGCCAUCUGUGGCGUACGCGCCGAGACCAUCCUCGCCUCCGACAUCCCCAACUUCCGUACCGCCGCCAACAUCGACGAGACCAAACCCAGCUCCGAGCUGAAAGACUACGACUUACUCGUCCCUAACAUCGAGCUCGCCACCGGCUGCGCGCCGCAGUUCCUUCCUGGCGUACCUCCUACAAACCUCGCCCAGACUUUGAGCACGAGAGUGUACUCGCUGCUGCACUCUUCCAGACUCGUCGACCCCGAGGAUCUGAGAAUAUGGUACACUCGUCCAGCCGAGGAUGCUGAGGCCGAGGACGAUGACGACAUGAUGGACGACGACGAGGAGAAGGCCGAGGGCGAAAGGGUCAUCAUGGCAUACUGGGUCCUCUACAUCGACAUCUUCUUCAUCUCUUUCGACGGCAACCCGUUCGACGUUGCCUGGGCCGCUAUCCUUGCUGCGCUGCGAGAUACAACCAUCCCCAUCGCCCGCUGGGACCCCGAUCGCGAGAUGGUCAUCUGCUCACGCGACGAGCCCAAGCCCUUGACGCUGCACGGCUUCCCUGUCGCCUGCACGGCCGGCGUUUUCACAGGAAAGGAGACGGCGGAUCGUCCCGCUGGUGGCAAGUUCUGGACACUGAUCGACCCUGACAGGUUGGAGGAGAGUCUCUGCGAGGAGGAGGUUACGGCGGUGGUGGACAGAAGCGAGGGGGAGACCAAGCUGCUGUCGAUAUCGAAGCACGGAGGCACAGUGCUGCAGCCACAACUCAUUCGGGAGUUCGUUGGUGUCGCAGAGCAGAGAUGGGAGCAGUUUAGGAACGCCAUGGCAUGAAGAUAAUGAUACCCACCAAGGAAGGAAAGACACAAUUCAAAGAAAGUUUUGGAGGGGGGAUAGUUGUUUCCUCUGGCAUUUCUCCUUUUAGCACUGCAACCCAAUCCCUGGAUGGCAAACGGAGAUCUCUUUCGUGAGCAUUGGCCUGCCCGCCUUUGAUUCAUCAGGCCACACAUGGUGCAAAAAGCGUGAGAAGACAGGCGCAUACCUACAUGAGCUCAUCAACAACAAUUCUCUUCUUUCAGACUGGCCAGCAUGGGCCUCACCUCCCACACAACAUUGCGUGGCACAUUGCAAACACGAAACAGCCCACUUACAGCUUUCCUCGUCAACGAUCCCUACUUCAGAGGCAAAAAAAAAAAAAAAAAAAAAAAAAAAA